AUCACUGGAGGUUUUCAAGAAGAGAUUGGACAACCAUUUGCCUGGCAUGCUAUAAGGUCUCCUGCUUCAGCAGGGGGUUGGACCAGAAAACGUCCAAGGUCCCUUCCAUCUCAGUUAUUCUCUAUUCUGUAAGGAUGCAUUCUGGCACUUUUCUCCAGUCAACUUGCUGCUAGUUUUGCAGGUCACUCCUGCCAGCAGAGUGCGAAGUGAGGACAGUUUGCAAAGGGGGAGGAAUUCUGCCCAUUCCUUGGGAUGGAGGCCCAUUUUAUCAGUGCCUCUGAGACAGAAACCUUGCAGGCUUUUGACAUCCCACAAUGUUCCUGUUCUGUCCUAAAAUAGGCAUUCUGACUAGUGCUCGACAGACAGCCCUAAUCUAACCUUCAGGUUUGCUUUCUAAUUUUCAGAGUCAAGGUAAAACAAAUUGGCCCACAUUAAUUGUCUGCACAGCCACCCAAAGCUCUGAGCUGUGAUUUAUGAGCUCACAGCAAGCACCCUGCAACACAUUUUUCUUCAUUUAUUUUUAAUGAGUAUCUCAAUUAAUUUUCCAGGAAACAUCUUAAUGAUGUUAGAGAUGAAUGUUAAUAAAGUCUGUGCCUGUCAGGCCCCAAAGAGCCUCAGGGGUGGAGUAUUUCGGAGGGAUCCCGCCUGUAGUAAAAUGGCAAAUGGUUCUGUCUGCCAGUGGAGACGGAUUUCAGGGCCCAGCACUUUCUUCUUGAGGCUUGUUUUUGAGCAAAGCGCGGGGCUGAUGUCAAGCCAGUUUUGUUUGUUUCGGAGUUUCCAGAAACCAAGGACUUAUUAGAUAUUGAGAAAAAGUCUUCUCAUCCUUCAGCAGUAGUGAAAUCACUGGAAGUCAUUGUCCUACGUUUCACCAGCAAGUGCUGUUUCAAGUGCGUAGCCAGGCCAGAAAACCCUCCCUCCAGAGGCUGCCUGGCGAUAUUUCAAUUAUUUAUUUAUUCAUUUAUUUGCCGCCCACCUCUGACUCUGGCAGCUUAUAGCACAAAAAUGGCAAGCCUCUACCGCCUGGAUUAGUGCCAGGGAAGGGGAAAGCCCCUCUCAGGCCUCCAAGAAAGGGCUUAAUGCCAGGAAAGGUGCCACAUUCUGAAAGAAAGUGCAUGGUAGAGUGACGCAAUAUGCAUUGAAGCCAGUCUCUCUACCCCCCCCCCAUUUUUGCCUCUAGCCCUUGGGUGACAGUCGGGGUCCACCACUUCAGUCCUGUUACCUCUGAUUUUCAGGGCCAUCUGAGCCCCAGGAACAGCACCCAAGCCCCAGCUUCAGAAGCUUGCGAUUUCCAACAGGCAGAGAGUUAUGCGAUGGCAGCAGGUUUUAUCUUCCCAGCCCCAGCCAGCGGGGCUUCUUUUCCCAGGAACGGCUGCAGGGCCUGAAGGCAGCCACAGAUUGGCCCAGCAACAAGAAGCUGCGGAGGGUGCAGGUUCAGUUCCUUCACCAUGGGAAAAAGGUGGUUGUAGCAUUGCUGAGUUCAUGGUUUCUGACCAGCAUUUUUGCCGGAAAAAUCCAUGUGCUGGGUAUUGGGUCUCAGUGCUCAAUAUCAAGCCUUCAGUUCCGCCAACCCAGAGGAUUAAUAAAGCUCCCAGGAGCUCUGAAUUAAAGAUCUCUCCCAGCCAGGAAAGCUGCUAGUUUCUCAUCAGGCCACAGAUAUUUGCUUUUUCAUGCAUGGAAGGAGAGAGGAGGUGUCUCAUUGCGUGCUGGCAAGAGGAAGACUGAAAGGGACCAGCUGACUCUCUCCUCGGGCAUUUGAGUUUCUUCCUUGGCCUUCUGUGAGAUGCAAGUGGCCUCCUUGCUGAUCCAAAAGUGUCAUACAGCCCAGCCUCGGUUAGGAUGCCUCUCGUGGUUUAUGUGCAGGAGGACUGGUGCUUGUUUUCUUGGGCGUCCUGGUUUCUCCUGGGCCAGGUAGGCCCUUAUCGUGGAGCAGAGGAUCAGCUUCAGCAGAGCAGAGGGCAGUCAGAGCAACUGCCAAAUCUCAGCCAGGGGAGCAGCUUUGAAACCUGCUUUUUAGCGAGGUAAAGAUGAAAGAGCUGGGUCUAUAGGUGUUACUGUUUUUCAGUUUUAUCUGUUUGGGUUUGUUCCAUACAUUUAUUCAGGACUCUGUUAUUGUUUGGAUUGACAUUAUGCUGGAAUUUAGGAGAGACCCCUGGUUUUCCUUGGCAGCUGUACAUGCCUUGGGGAAAGGUUCCUCCUCCCUUUCUCCAAAUAGCCUCUGCAGCCCUGUAUGGUGGGCUUGUACCUCUGAAUUAAGGUAAUUUUCAGCCAGUUGGGGAGAAGAUGAUAGAAUGGUGGGAGCCUUUCUUGUUGCACAAGGAGGAGGAACUUUGGUGGUCUCUUUCCCUCUCAUCCCAGAGGCAAGAGGCUCCCCAUCUUGACCUCUGGGUGAUGCCAUUUCCAUAGAGUCCAAGCAAGGCUGCCCUCCCAGGGCAGUUGCAGGGUUGCCAGGUGGCCGUGGAGCAGCUGCAGCACAAGAAGCCCAAGAGGGAUGGCCUAAGCCAGAUGCAAAGCCUGGAGUGCAGGCCAGGACAGCCUCAGGCCCCGGAGAUGCUGCUCCAAGAUUGCCAGGCUCUCAAGGUCCAGGCCGGGAGGAAGGCUGCCAGGUGUGCAAAGAAGCUGGACAAUCUUUGGAGUAGCGGCCAAGCAGAGGAUGGCCUUGGACAGCUCAAUGCUCGGGAGAUGGGCUGGGCUUUGCAGCUCACAGGCCAGCAAGACCAGACCACUCAGGAGCUUCAAGAACAAUUGGCAGUCAGCCACGACAAGAGUCGGCUCCUGAGAUGGGCUCUGUCUCAGCUGCUGCAGCAAAAAGAAGCCGUGGCUAGCCUGCACCGAGAGUUUGCAUCUUACAAGUUGACUCACAGCUGCUCAAAUGCAAAGUACAAAAAACAGAUGAUCAGCCAGGCGGUACUUCAUCAGAAGCUACAGCAGGCAGAAAAGGAGGGCUUGCAGCAGCAGGCGGAGGCCUACUGGGCCCUGGUGCAAGAACUGAAGCUAGAGCUGGCACGGGAGGCUGAGCUGAACAGCAAGACCUUGAAAGAUCUGGCUCGCCUGGAACUGGCUGUGCAGAGCCUGUGCCAAGAGGCAGCAACAGAGCAGAAUUGGCAGCUGCGGGAGCUGGCUGUGCUGCAGCACCACGCUUGCCCAGUGCAGGCCCUGCUGGGACAGAGCCACCAGCUGUGUACACAGAAGGAAUGGAAACCGGACAGGCUCCUUCAAAGGGCAUGGACUAAUUGCAGCAUCUUCUGGGACCGGGCCCACGUCUUGAAUGCUACCUCACAGGAGGCCAAGCAAUGCCGAGCAGUCUCUUGGCCUGGUGUGACCCCAGUGCUGCAGCCAAGGAGGCCCAAGAGCCUGGAACAGUUCCAGAAGGCUGCAAUGGAGGUGGCCCAGGAGCAGCGGUUGGAGAGCAACCUUGAGCCUCAGCGUCUUGGGAAAGUUGGCUGCCCACUGGAGGUUCUCCUUGGGGGAGGCUGCCUAGCUGAAGCAAAACUGGAGCAGAAAAGCUUCUUGGGAGGAGGUGGUUCUCCUGCUGCUGCCAUCUCUGGCAGAGAACUGCUAAAGGAGCUGAUGGAGGAGCUGAGCAGGUCCAAGCGGCAACCUCUGCAGGCAGCAUCCAUGCUGGAGCUAGAGCUGUUGCGGCAGCAGUUACAGGAGACGGAAUGGAGAGUGCAAGGCCUGAAGGCCUGUGUGAUGGAGCAGAAGGCCGAGAACUAUUCUCUGCAAGAGCAGCUAACCAAGCAUAUGGCUGUGUUGGGGCUGGUGCAUGGACACUUCAGGCAGGCUCGGCUGCAGCUGCAGCACCAGGCAGAAGAGCAGAUAGAAUCUUUACAAAUCUCCUUGGAGGCAUCCCGUGCUGGCCACCACUGGCUACACCAGGAGAGCGAGCUGGUGCUGGCCAAUGUUCGCCAGUGGGUAAAGGAGCAAAAGCAGAUGAAUGAGGAGCUGGGCCAUAAACUCCGAAUGCAGAUCAAGCAAAUUGCCCAGCUCACUGGCGAGAGAGACCUUCUGCAUCAACUAUUGGAGAGGCUGCAAGAGGACAACCAACAGCUGAAGAAUGAAGUCAAUGAAAAGCGCAUUAUAUGUGAGCGCAUCAAGGCUCUCCAUAACAAUGAUUUGGAGCCGCAGGCUGUACUGCGACAACUCUGGCACAUACUUCUGUUGUGAACAAGCGCUUUUACUCCCAUUACACUCAUCCACCUUUCCAGGGGCCAAAGCUAGAGAAGGCAGA